AACGGCUUCUCUCUUCAAGUCCCCCAUGGCAGGACUCAUCGGGCGCCUGGUCGUCAAUUUUGUUCUUCUCCUCAUCUCCUUCAUUGCUUAUUCUUCGCAAAUCUUCGUUGUAUGGCCGUGGUACGGCAGAGUGGUGUCAAUUCCGUUGCUUGUGCUACUGGUGCCGUUCAACCUCCUGGUUGGCAUGUUGCUGUGGAACUACUUUCUCUGCGUCACUGUCGACCCUGGACAUGUUCCGGACAAUUGGAAGCCAGACACGCAAGCGGAUGGUUAUGAGGUCAAGAAACUGACGGGAAAGCCGAGAUACUGUCGGAUGUGCGAGAAACAUAAACCUCCAAGAGCGCACCACUGUCGCCAGUGUAACAAAUGUGUCUUGCGGAUGGACCACCACUGCCCUUGGAUCAACAACUGUGUCGGUCACUUCAACUACGGCCAUUUCAUUCGAUUCUUGUUUUACGUUGACCUGGCGUGCGGUUAUCAUCUAGUCAUGAUCUCGCGGCGAGUGUAUCUAAGCAUGGGAGCUAGAUAUUGGGACGAGCCCGAUAGUACAGAACUCAUCUUCAUUAUUCUCAACUAUGUCGCUUGUGUCCCGGUCUUCAUGUCCGUAGGCGCUUUCAGUCUGUAUCACUUCAAUGGCCUCAAAAACAAUACGACUACGAUUGAGGGCUGGGAGAAGGACAAAGUUGCCACAAUGGUGCGCAAAGGCAAGAUCCAAGAAGUCAAGUUUCCCUACAAUGUAGGUACACGCCGGAACAUCGAAUCCAUGCUCGGACAGAAUCCAUGGUUUUGGUGUUGGCCGACUUCUCCUCCUGGCUCUGGACUUAACUACGACCUGACGGAGAACGAUGGUGAGUGGGUUGAGCUCUCACAGCUUCGAAUGAAACCACAGCACUUGGAAGUGUGACGAUGCGGAAGCAGACGAGCAACCGAGAUGGCCACCAGAGGAUCCCGACUUCAUGCCACGGGACGACCGAUUCAAGCUGCCUGAUUCACCAUGGACUUACGAGAAUGGGAGCGUCAAUCCGGAUCUGGAACCCUCGAACGCUGCGAGGAGGCGCAAACUUGCCAACGGGGCUUCCGCGUUACCACCUUACCAUCCUGAUUACCGACCGGCCGACGACACCGAGGCCAGCGAGUCCAGCGACGAGGAUGAAUACAGAGAGACUGGCCGCGGCGUCAAAAUAAGACGCGGGUCGGAGGGUUAUGAAGUUCGCCCUGCUCAGCGAGAGGACAUGCUCCAGAGGUAUCUUGCCGAGUUCGGCGAAGAAUCACAGUCGUAUCAUCGAUAUAUACCAGAGGACUAGGCUAGGCUACCCAAUUACUCCAUCGCUUUCGCUCUCUCGCUGAUCUCGGCCGUCUUGUCAAGCGCCGGUUGAAUUGCUUGCUGCAGACUUUCCA